AUGAAAGGAAUAAUAUUGAUUAGAUAUUUAUUAUUUAUAAUAUAUUUAAAUUAUUUAUAUGUCCAGGCCGCAUAUUUUUAUGUAAAAGAAGGUGCUGAAAAAUGCUUUGUUGAGAAUGUUUCAAAAAGUGUUAUUAUAGUAGCAUCCUAUGACAAUUAUGGAACUAAAGAACUCAAAUGCUUAAUUAAUGUGAAAGAUAAAAAUGGGCUUGUUUUGUAUACUCAUGAUACAUCACAAAUGAGUAAAGGCAAAAUAUCUUAUAUGACAAAAUCAAGUGGGUUACAUUAUAUUUGUAUUUUAUGCCCUUCAAAUAACUGGUUUAAAGACAGCUCUAUAAAAUGGAAUCUUUCAAUUGAGGUUGGUGGGAUAGAUAUUGAUAUGAAUGAUACUGCAAAAAAAUCAGAAAUAAGUGAAACAUUAAAUACUUUAAAAAAUUUAAAAAAAAAAUUUAAUUCUAUGAAAACACACCAUGCCCAUCAAAAAGUUAUAGCGGACAAUAUGCAUGAACAUAACAAAAAUGUUCACAAAAGUAUGAUCUAUUGUUACAUUAUAGAAAUUAUUAUUUUAAUAAUAAUAACAGGGUAUUCUAUAAUGCAUUUAAAAAAUUAUUUUAAGGCAAACAAAUUAAUGUGA